AUGUUGUUGUUGGUGGCGGCGGCGAGCGCAGCCUGAGCGCCGCGAAGAUGGAGGAGCUGUCGAGGGGUCGCCGUCGCCGCUGUCGCCGCCACUGCUGCCGCGGCCGCCCGCGCGCCCGGAGCGCCAGCCGCCGGGGGGGUGCUGCUGUGAGUGUCUGAUCACCGUGCCCUGGAGGAUGGCCUUGGAUGGGCAGUAGAGGCACGGCGUUCCUGGACGCCUGUCCCGUCCGUCUGUCGGCGUCUGUCUCUCUCAGCACCACCGCAGCUUCACCCCCUCCUGUCCCAGCCCCCGCACCGGCGUCUUGUGGGUCCAGAGCCGGCAUGAACUCUCCCACCGAGUCGGCAGAUGGCGUGGCUGGCCGGGAGCCGUCCCUGGAGAUCCUGCCGCGGACACCACUGCGCAGCAUCCCCGUGGCAGUGGAGGUGAAGCCAGCACUGCCCGGGGCCAUGCCCAGUGCUGUGGGCCCCGGGGUGCGGCGGGGGGCGCCGGCCGGGCCCAUAGACCCUGUGGACCCCACGGACCCUGUGCUGCGGGAGCGGCAGCUGCAACAGGAGCUGGCGGCCCUGAAGCAACAGCAGCAGCUGCAGAAACAGCUCCUGUUCGCAGAGUUUCAGAAGCAGCACGCGCACCUGACGCGGCAGCACGAGGCGCAGCUGCAGAAACACCUGCAGCAGCAGCAGGAGAGGCUGGCGGCCCAGCGGCAGCGCGAUCUGGAGCAGCAGAGGCAGCGCGAGCAGCAGCGGCAGGAGGAGCUGGAGAGGCAGCGGCUGGAGCAGCAGCUGCUCGUCUUGCGCCACAAGGAGAAGAGCAAAGAGAGUGCCAUCGCCAGCACCGAGGUGAAGCUGCGGCUGCAGGAGUUCCUCCUGUCCAAGUCGAAGGAGCCCACGCCAGGCGGCCUCAACCAUUCCCUCCCUCAGCACCCCAAGUGCUGGGGAGCCCACCAUGCUUCUUUGGACCAGAGCUCCCCUCCCCAGAGCGGCCCCCCUGGGACGCCUCCCUCCUACAAGCUGCCUCUCCUGGGGCCCUACGACAGCCGCGACGACUUCCCCCUCCGCAAGACCGCCUCGGAACCCAACCUGAAGGUGCGCUCGAGGCUAAAGCAGAAGGUGGCCGAGCGGAGAAGCAGCCCCCUGCUGCGCCGCAAGGACGGGGCCGUGGUCAGCACUUUCAAGAAGAGAGCCGUGGGGAUCGCGGGCGCCGGCCCUGGGGCGCCGUCCGUGUGUAACAGCGCGCCCGGCUCCGGCCCCAGCUCUCCCAACAGCUCCCACGGCACCAUCGCUGAGAACGGCUUCGCGGGCUCAGUCCCCAACAUCCCCACCGAGCCUGCCUUCGCUCCUCAGAUGCUCCCGCAGCACCGGGCCCUGGCCCUGGAUGCCGCCCCCAGCCAGUUCAGCCUCUACACGUCUCCGUCGCUGCCCAACAUCUCCCUCGGGCUGCAGGCCACAGUCACUGUCUCCAACUCGCACCUCACGGCCUCCCCGAAGCUGGCCACGCAGCAGGAGGCCGAGAGGCAGGCCCUCCAGGCGCUGCAGCCGGGUGGCCCGCUGACUGGCAAGUUCACGAGCACCUCGUCCAUCCCGGGCUGCCUGCUGGGCGUGGCGCUGGAGGGUGAUGUGGGCACCCACGGGCACGCGUCCCUGCUGCAGCACGUGCUGUUGCUGGAGCAGGCCCGGCAGCAGAGCACCCUCAUCGCAGUGCCGAUCCACGGGCAGUCACCCCUGGUGACAGGCGAGCGUGUGGCCACCAGCAUGCGAACAGCGGGCAAGCUCCCCCGGCACCGGCCGCUGAGUCGAACGCAGUCCUCGCCGCUACCGCAGAGCCCCCAGGCCCUGCAGCAGCUCGUCACACAGCAGCAGUUCCUGGAGAGGCAAAAGCAGCAGCAGCUGCAGCUGGGCAAGAUCCUCACUAAGACUGGGGAGCUGCCCAGGCCGCCCACCACACACCCUGAGGAAACCGAGGAGGAGCUCACGGAGCAGCAGGAGGCCCUACUGGGUGAGGGGGCCCUGGCGGUGCCCCGGGAGGGCUCCACGGAGAGCGAGAGCACCCAGGAGGACCUGGAGGAGGAGGAGGAGGAGGAGGAGGAGGAGGCGGAGGAGGACGGGGAGGACGGCUGCGUCCAGGCCCAGGACCCAGCGGGCGACAGUGGCCCUGAGGAGGGGCCCGACCUGGAGGAGCCCGGCGCUGGCUACACAGAGCUGUUCACAGAUGCCCAGCAGCUGCCACCCCUGCACGUGUACCAGGCACCCCUCAGCCUGGCCGCCGUGCCCCACCAGGCCCUGGGCCGCACCCAGUCCUCACCUGCUGCGCCAGGGGGUGUGAAGAGCCCUCCAGACCCGCCCACCAAGCACCUGUUCACCACCGGCGUGGUGUACGACACGUUCAUGCUGAAGCACCAGUGCGUGUGCGGGAAUACGCACGUCCACCCUGAGCACGCUGGCCGCAUCCAGAGCAUCUGGUCGAGGCUGCAGGAGACGGGCCUGCUGGGGAGGUGCGAGCGGGUGCGGGGCCGCAAGGCCACCCUGGAUGAGAUCCAGACGGUGCACUCAGAGUUCCACACGCUGCUCUAUGGGACAAGCCCGCUCAACCGGCAGAAGCUGGACAGCAAGAAGCUGCUCGGCCCCAUCAGCCAGAAGAUGUACGCCGUGCUGCCCUGUGGGGGCAUUGGGGUGGACAGCGACACUGUGUGGAAUGAGAUGCACUCCUCCAGUGCUGUGCGCAUGGCCGUGGGGUGCCUGCUGGAGCUGGCCUUCAAGGUGGCCGUGGGCGAGCUCAAGAAUGGCUUUGCCAUCAUCCGGCCCCCAGGACACCACGCCGAGCAGUCCACGGCCAUGGGAUUCUGCUUCUUCAACUCCGUAGCCAUCACGGCCAAGCUGCUGCAGCAGAAGCUGAACGUGGGCAAGGUCCUCAUCGUAGACUGGGACAUCCACCACGGCAAUGGCACGCAGCAGGCCUUCUACAGCGACCCCUCGGUGCUCUACAUCUCGCUGCACCGCUACGACCACGGCAACUUCUUCCCGGGCUCUGGGGCCCCCGAGGAGGUUGGCGGGGGCCCCGGCGUGGGGUACAACGUGAACGUGGCCUGGACGGGUGGCGUGGACCCGCCCAUCGGUGACGUGGAGUACCUGACGGCCUUCAGGACAGUGGUCAUGCCCAUCGCCCAGGAGUUCGCGCCCGACGUGGUUCUCGUCUCCGCUGGCUUCGACGCUGUGGAAGGACACUUGUCCCCCCUGGGUGGCUACUCUGUCACUGCCAGAUGCUUCGGCCACCUGACCAGGCAGCUGAUGACGCUGGCGGGGGGCCGGGUGGUGCUGGCCCUGGAGGGGGGCCAUGACCUGACCGCCAUCUGUGAUGCCUCUGAGGCCUGUGUCUCCGCCCUGCUCAGCGUGGAGUUGCAGCCCUUGGAUGAGGCCGUGCUGCAGCAGAAGCCCAACGUCAACGCGGUGGCCACGCUUGAGAAAGUCAUUGAGAUCCAGGGCAAACACUGGAGCUGUGUGCAGAGGUUCUCAGCCGGCCUGGGCUGCUCCCUGCGGGAGGCACAGGCAGGUGAGGCGGAGGAGGCAGAGACUGUGAGCGCCAUGGCACUGCUGUCUGUGGGCGCCGAGCAGGCACAGGCCUCGGCCCGGGAGCACAGCCCCAGGCCUGCAGAGGAGCCCAUGGAGCAGGAGCCCGCCCUGUGACCCCGCCCCGGCCUUCAUCAUUGUGAUUUUGUUUAUUUUUUGUAUUAAAAACAAAAAGUCACACAUUAAA